GACCAUGGAGCAUUCAACGAGUCACAUUUAAGAAAAAGUAGACAAACUAAGGGGGAACAUUUAGAUCAGACGAGGAAGCCAAAAAGGGUUUGGCUGCAUAAUAUUGCGAUCUUCUAUGUUCCUAAGAAGGUCCAGGGGAAGAAAUGGUCCUGCCAAUCUCUCGGUUCGACCAAUAAGUACCACAUGACGUGAGUU